GCUGUGUCACAUCUAUUGCAGAAUGAGGUUUGAGGAUAUUCUUACAGAAGUGGGUGUUUUUGGAAAAUUCCAGAUAAUAUCUCUUUUAAUUCUCUGUCUUCCCCGAGUUAUCCUCCCCCUGCACUUUCUUCUUCACAUCUUUAUCUCAGCUGUGCCUCCCCAUCACUGUGCCAUUACCUCAGGAGGACAAAUAGGAAACCUAAGCCACGAGGAUCUUCAUAUUUACAUCCCUACAGAGGAAGAUGGAAGAACCAGCUCCUGUGAAAUGUAUUCACACCCGCAGCUCAGCAACAGAUCCAAGGAAACAGCGAACAGUUUUACAGUGGAGAAAUGUCAGCAUGGGUGGGAGUACCUCCGUUCAACAUUUACCUCUACCACCGUCACUGAGUGGGACCUGGUGUGUGACAAGAAGGGAUUAAACCAGGCAUCGGCCACUUUCUUCUUCAUUGGACUCACUGUGGGGUCAGUUAUCUGUGGAUAUCUGUCAGACAGGUUUGGACGGCGUUGGAUUCUUUUGGUGUCCUUCCUAAUCAGCACCAUAUUCGGGAUUUUGUCUGCUCUCUCCGUGUCCUACAUGAUGUUCUCGCUGUGCAGGAUGCUCUCCGGGGUCGGCCUAAUGGGGAUGACCCUGAUCUCCAUUACUUUAGCUCUGGAGUGGACAGAUGUGUCCCACCGCACCUUCUGUGGGACAAUUAGCAGCCUUUCAUGGACUGCUGGCUACAUGCUGCUGGCUCUGCUGGCCUAUCUCAUCAGAGACUGGAGAUGGCUUCUCCUUGCAGUAACCUCCCCCUGUCUGCUCGCUAUCGCCACAUGGUGGUGGGUCCCUGAGUCGGCUCGCUGGCUGCUCACUAAGCAGGACUUCGUGACUGCUCACAGAUACCUGUCCACGUGUGCAAAAAUGAAUGGAAAACAAGAUUUUCAGCUUAAGAUCUCUCCUGAGGUCCUGCAGAAGAUAGUGACUGUGGAGUGCCGAAAAUACAACUUCUGGGACUUGGUGAAGACGCACCAGCUGAGAAAGAACACGCUGUGUCUUGGCAUCAUGUGGUUCGGGGUGGCAUUCAGUUAUUAUGGCAUCAGUUUCAACAUAACAAGUUUCAGUUUAAAUCCUUUCCUUACCCAUUUCAUUUUUGGGGCAAUUGAGAUUCCAGCCAAAAUUGGAGUUUUCCUUCUGCUGGAUCGUAUUGGACGCAAGCUGUGCCAAGGUGGAUCUUUGCUUACAACCGGAGUGUUCAUUGCACUUACCAGCCUCAUCCCAACAGGGAUGGAAAAUACUCGAUCUGUGAUGGCUAUCUUGGGCAAGGGAUUCUCUGAGGCUGCAUUUACCAUUGCGUUCCUUUACACAGCUGAAUUGUACCCGACAGUCCUCAGGCAGACUGGACUUGGUUUCUGUUCCUUUAUGUCGCGUCUGGGAAGCUCUUUGGCUCCUCUGGUGAUCCUGCUGGAAGAUGUUUGGGUAUUUUUGCCCCACAUUAUAUUUAGCUGUAUGUCUCUAAUCUCUGGGGCUGCGGCAUUCUUACUGAGCGAGACUUCACAAGUCCAGUUGCCCGAGACGAUUCAGGAUAUAGAAAUGGACAGAAACCAGGCUCCCUUUACUGAUGCCGACAGGGAUCUCUCAUCCGACUCCAGCAAUAGACCAGAGGACAGAUCUAUGCCAGCGGAGAGCUCACCCAAUACCUCACAUGGACCCGAAACAAUGAGACAUGUUCUCUAGAGGACAUCUAAAUCGCUCAAUGUCGUCUUCAUAUUCGCCAUCUAAAUAUCCUCUAACACUCCUCAUCCCCAACAUAAACAGUAAGCAGGGGAGCCUGGGUCCCAGCCUUGCGGAAUAACAUUUGGUAAAAUGAAACCGAGAUAA